AUGGCAGAGAUAUGGAAUCCAAAUGAAACAGAGCACUAUUUACAAGAAGAGGGCAGAAGCACUGAUAGAAAACAUGAGGGGCAUGAUGUUUCUUACAGUUUGUUGCCUGGAUAUUGUGAAAUUGUGAAAGAAACAAACCCUGAGUCUAUUGUAAUUUGUGCCUGGACACCCCCAGAUCAUCCAGAAAGACCAUUGUCUUUCUCUUCUAUAUUCAUUGCUCUUAAAGGACCUAUGGAGGGGUUACUUGCUGAAUGCAGAAGUUUGAUUGGUGUGGAUGAUGCACACCUUAAGGGUAAUUAUGGGGGCAUUCUUUUGUCUGCAAUAGCCCUUGAUGGCAAUAAUGAAAUAUUCCCCUUUGCUUGGGCUAUUGUACCUGGUGAGGAUGGUGAAAGUUGGGCAUUCUUUGUCUGGCAUUUAAAAAAUGCAUUGAAGGACAGUGGUAGAGGUGACAGCUGGUGUAUUAUAUCUGAUAGGCAAAAGGGCAUUGACAUGGCAUUGACUGAGCAUUGGCCAAAAGUUGGGAGAAGGUAUUGCCGUAAACACCUAAGUAAAAAUUGGAAGAGGGUUUUUGGAGGUCCUCUACUGUUCAGUUUAUUUUGGAAGGCUUGUGGAGCCACAUCUAAGUUCACUUUUAAGAAGGCAAUGGAAGCUUUAGACAAAGUAAAUCCUAACACAAGAAUAUGGCUUUCGAAGUUAGGAGAGCAAAGUAGGUGGACAAAGUGGCAAUUCAACCCUGAUAUUAAAAGUGAUGUUAAUAAGACAAACUUCGUGGAAAGCUUUAAUGCUACACUUGGCAUAGAUAGAUGCAGGCCUGUGUUGACACUUCUAGAAGGUAUAAGAAGAGUAACAAUGGUGAGGCUAGCAUCCAGAAGGCAGAUUUGUGAGGGCUGGGAAAACACUGACAUAUGUCCCAAUAUUGUCAAGAGAGUACAAACCCUAUGCCAAGAUUCAAGGACUUGCAAAGCUUAUUUCUCUGGUCAAGGAGAGUUUGAAGUACAUGAUGGGAGGUCAGUUCUGCCAGUGAGCUUGAUUAACAGAACUUAUGCUUGUAAUUUGUGGCAAAUAGGUGGAAUACCAUGUAAACAUGGUAUGAGGGCCAUUUUACAUGCCAAAGAGGAUCCUCACAAGUAUUGGCCAGAGCCUGAGACUAUGCUACCUGAGAUUGCACCCCCAGUGAUGAAAAGAGGGGCAGGAAGACCAUGCAGAAAUAGGAGAAGGAAGGAGGAUGAGCAGCAAAAGGGGAAGAGGUCCAAGACCAUUAGGUGUGGCAACCGUAAAGAGUUUGGGCAUAACUCUCUAGCUUGUAAGGGGGGUGCAACAGCAAAACAGAAGAAGCAACAAGACAAGAGAGCAACUACAUCUUCACAACCAAUGCAGCCGGUCCAACCAAGAAGAAGUGCAAGACUGACCAUGUCACAACCUGUUUAG